AUGCCAACCGUGACCGAGAUUCAGCCGCGCACGUCGGGGUCGACGCGGUACAUCGUGUGCGACGUCCAGGGCCGGCAGUGCCUCGCCCCGGAGUCGCAGCCAACCAAUCUGAGCUUUACAUUUCUUGUCAAGCUGGAUCCGAAGAGCGGGCAGGAGUUUUACGUCAGCGUAAAGACUAAAGCGAAGUCGUGGGACCUCCCUGACGUCGAUGCGGCGGGCGCGGUGACACCUCAGAAAGGUGACAGCGAGAUCAUCUCACACGCCGCCACACUGGAAUGCGCAGGUACAGUCUACGAGCUACUGCAGUCCGACGGCGGUGCACAGUACGUGCCUCAGGGACUGCCGUUUGAGCCCGCGCCAGUUCACUGCUGGCGCCCAUUUUAUGACGCCGCGAAGAAACGCUUCUUGUACGAAAACUGCGCGACCAACGAACGGGUACCGAGACUUCCGCCCAUCCUGGACUACUGCGAUGCUGUACGGCAGCUAUACGACCGUCACGGGAUCGAAGGUGACUACGUUGACGCCCUGCGUUGCCGCUUCGGCGAUGAAAGACGCCUGAUCGAGGAGCUCUCCAUUCAGUACGGUCCUAAGCCUAUCCCAAACCGAGAAGCCUUUGAGGUGGCAGAGUGUUACUUCAAUAAGUAUGACACGUCAAUGUUGAAGGAAAUGGGAAACCUUUUAGAGCAGUGGCGCGGUAACGAAAUUGAAUUCCUUGAAGCACUGCAGAAAGAGUACGGUAAGCGCCCACGGACUACACGCGAGCGCGUCCGUGCCAUUUACGCACAGUACAACCCGGCCAAGAUGUUCCAAUGCGAUGAACAGGUUGAUCAGUACAAGGGACAAGAUGAUGAGCUCCUCACUGCUCUGCAGAGAAAGUUUGGACCAGAGAUGAUCAAAGAAGACGAUCUACUCGAGGAUAUUGCGCAUCGUGUGCGCUGCCAGUUUCUUAGGUACGAUGCCGACCGGGUUGCCACAGUGGAGGAUGUGCUGGCGAAGCACAAGGGUGCUGAAGUGCAGCUUCUUGAGCUUCUUAUCUGCCACUACGGCCCCGAGGUGGACGUGGAGGAGAGGGAAAAACAACUCAAAGCCCCUGAGCCCGCUGUUGGUGGUGCCACAAAUGAAGAGUCGAAUAAAAACAUUAUACAAGGGGAUGUCGACGCGUCGACACUGGUAGCGCUAGUGGCUACAGAGACAGUGGCACAGAGCGAUACUCGAAUCCGCAACACCAAGGAGGAUCACCAAGACGUGCGUGAUGGGGAAUCUUCGAAGAACGGCACAGUCCCACCUGAACUCGCUGCGGAGGAGCAUGAACCGGCAGUACCUGUUACACCCCCAAUGGAACAAGUUUCUAACGCAAGUAACGCCUCAGGGGAAUUAUCGGCUGUGGCUGCGGCCAACAAAAUACCCGAAACAACGACAGAUGGCGACGAUGUUUCUGAGAAGCCCGUUUCUACUUCUACCUUCCCUCAGGAGACGGUAGUAGCAACAGCAACAACAACAGCAGCAGCAGCAGCAGCAACCGAAGUAGUAGUAGUUGUACCAGCAGUAUCAGCACCAGUCUCUGAGUCACAGACGAAAACUUCUCCCUCGCUGCCGUCCCAACCACCCAGUGUGGAGGUUGAGUGGCCCAGUCGUGCGGAGUUGUUGGAGACGGAGCGGAAGCUGCGUGAGGAGGAGUUCCAGCGGCAGCAAGAGCGAAUUGCACUCGAGGAGGAAAGGCUGGCGCGGGAGCUCACGGCACACCGACGAUUUGUUGCACUAGAAACUGAAAGACAUUGGAAGGAGGAAUCGGAGAAGGUCGUGGAGAUUGCGCGGGUUGCUGCACAACAAGCAGUACAGGAGGCUGCACGUCUGCAGCGGCUUCGCGACGAGGAGAACGAAGAUAAGGAACGUCUUGGGGAUGUCGUGCGCCAAGAGGCCGAACGCCACGCCAUCGGAGCUGUAAACAGUGCCAGUGCGGCUCUCGUGGCUCAGUUUGCCCAUAUGAAGACACAACUGGGGGACGCCUUUACCACAGUAGAGGGGUACGCGCAGCGAAACGAAAAGCUUCAGUCAGAUAAAACGCGAUUGUUAAACAAGUUCGCCGAGAUGCAACACCAGUACGACUUGGAGCUCCAGGGAAUGCGGAUACACCUUGACGACAUGCGCGUGCGCAUCGCAACCAUGAAGAAUGAGCACGAUGUCAAAACACUCCACCUUAAAAAACAAGAGGAGAUUACGAUCUUGGGCAUGUCCCGUGAGCUGGAGCGCGAGCGCGACGCUGCCGUUAAGGAGCGGGUGCGCCACGAGGAGACGGAAGCGGCAAUGGAGGUGACCAUCGCCGGUCUGCAGAGGCAGUUGCAGACAGUGCUGGACGAGCGUGAUGCUGCCCAGGCGCGUCUCACUUCGCAUGACGCCGUCCUCAGGGAGCGCACUGCAGAGUUGGAGGGCCUCUACGCGGUGAUGCAGCGGCAGCGAACCGCGCGGAAGGAGGCGGCGAGCCAAACAGAUGUUGAAGAAGGAUAUGAUGUUGGUUCAGAGCCGCACCCUGCUUUGAAGACAGCCAACGCACUGUGUAACGUAGUAUCUUCUUCCGAGCACCACUGUCAGUGCGUGGGCCUCACUGAAGAGGUGCUGCAGCUCCAGCGAGUCUGUGAGGAGAGCCAGCAGUAUGUGGCGGAUCUCUGUGCCGAGAAGGAGCGACUUACGUCUGAGUGUGAGCGAGCUCGUUGCGUUAUUGGAGUGCUGCAGCGUAAGGUGGAGACGCUAGAGACUACUGUGGAGAGGCUUGAGUUGCGGCAGCUGGCCGUGCCUGAUAUUCCAGUGUGUGCGGGUGAGAAGGAUAUCGUCCUGCUGAACCUCAAGGAGGACUUGAAUAAAACAAACAGUAGCCUGAUCGAAGCAAAAACAGAGUCUACGAUGCUAAAGCGCGAAAUACGGGAGUUGCGAAGCUUGCUUGCCAUUUAUAUGUCCAACGCGAGGAAGCCAUGA